AUGACCAUUGAAGAGAUUGUGGCCAUUGACUGGGUUGCAUGGGUGGCUGUCGGGAAUGACAGUCGGAUGCGGGAUGUGUUGAAUGAUCUUGAGAUUUUGGAAUUUCUGAAUCCUUGCAUCAUCAGUGAGGAAGUUGGGAUCGACAAGUCGGAUGUGCAGAUGUGGGAAAAGACUAUUGAAGGGACUCCAGGACUUCACCUUGGGGAAGUCUUGCAUGUUGGAGACGAACUAGAUAUGGACUACCAUAGUGCAUCACGGGCGGGCGUUCGAGCGGUGCUGGUACGGAGGGGUGGAAGGCUAGGAGCGGAGGAAAGAAAGGAGGAUGGAGAGAACUUGGAAGGCGUGACUGUGUCGCGUAAUUUCGCUACAUCGUCUCAGGAAGUCACCGCACUUGCUGGGACAUCGCUAACAACACCAUACGGGGGGAAGAAGGUCGCGCCGCCCCAUCCUAGCAUCGUUGAAAUCAUUGACCGUAUAGCGGAGCUCCCACAAGAUGAACUGCCCGCGUAUCUUGGCGCUAUGUCAGCGUGGACGUUGCCACGCUCAGACUUGCAUUCUUGGGUUAAAGUCUUGAAUAAAUUCGAUGAGAUCCUCAAAGGUUUCAUCGAUACCUACGAUAUCGAUAAACUACAGCUCAAGGGGUUCACGCCACUCGAUAAAGAGACGAUCAUGGAAAUUCUGCGCUUUGAAACGCUGCUCCUGGAUAAUUCGACGAAUCGCAAGCUAUUUGCUUCUUACGAUCGCAUCAACUCUCUCCUCUUCUCGAACGAUACGGACGUAAUCGUUGGCGUCCUACAACUUUUGCUGAGACCAUCACAACAAUAUUCCUCUCAGCCUUCGGCGUCACAUACCCAAAAUGUUUCCACCAAGAGGCUCAUCUCACUUGCCAGCCGUUGGUCGAGCAUUAGAGAGCAUGGGAGUAGUUUUGCGGAAGUCCUGAACCCCGCGAAGUCCUUCGACUUCCCUAAAGUAGCAUCGCAAGUCACUUUCACGUAUUAUAUGAAAUUUCAGCCUAGUAGCGUCAACAAGAAUGAGACCUCUGUAUCUCAAACCCCUUCGAAAGCAAAGGCGCCUUCCCCAUCGGUUCCCACGACGCCGGCCGCUGGCACUAGCUUCUCUCAACCGGCCCCCGUGAACAGCGGCAUGGUUACUGUUCACAUUCCUAGUCUCGCUGACUCUAAUAAGGGAGCUGUUGAUCUGUUGAGAGAGCAGCUCGAAACGCACGAUAUUUCUGACGAAGAGAAGUUCGAUCUCUUGUGCCGCAUUCGAGUCGCGCUUUCACUGGGCCCCGGGCCCGAAAAGCGCAAAGAGAGAGACAAUCUGGCCAUAAUGAGGCUCUUAGCCCUCGCCAUUUACGCACACACCAACUCAGAGAACGAAGCUCAGUCAGCGUUCUUCGUUUAUGAGCCUGAUCUUAUAUCCGAGGUCGCAUCUCUUCUUCAGCCGGAGCACCCAAUUCCACUUAGCGUUCAGAUAGCAGCCAUUGCUACGUUAGAUGCCUUUGCCCGAUAUCGUGGCAGGGCUGGCGAGGUCUUGAGCGCCACAAAUGCUGGGGUCACUCAUGGGAUCUUAAUGUCGUUGAUGAGGAGAUUAGUCCAUAACUUGAACGAUCCACAGACGAAAGUGACUUUCGAGUUUGCGGAUUCUCUGAUCUCUUUCAUCAUCCUCCUGACACAGAAUCCGGCUGGCGGAAGCAUGAUCUCGACUCCAGUUGUUUCCAAGACUACAAAUCUCGUCGAUACUGUACUAUACGGAUUUGGGAAUGGCUUUAACAGUUUUUGUAACAACCGAGGCGUCGAUGUCUUGGUGUCUAGGAUUGAGCACGAAGUGGACCUUGACCUCCAGAAUAAUAGGGUGGAUAACACUUCUGAAGGGUCGUUGUAUGGUCAUCUUCCGUAUCCGCGAGCUGUGCUCUUGAAGCAUAUUAUGAGGACGAUGCAUAGGAUAAUGCAGGUGUCGGGUGGCUCGGAGAAUCUGCGCGGACUCAUCGACACGUCUCUUGGCAAGUCUGUGAAGAAGAUCAUGGAGCAUCGAGGCCUAUUUGGCUCAGCUAUCUUCUCCAUAGCUAUCAAUAUAAUGGCGGCUUUCGUUCAUAACGAGCCAACAUCACUGACGGUAAUUCAGGAAGCAGGUUUGCCCAACGCAUUUUAUAAAGCCAUCGAAAGCGGUGUCGAGUCGUCAACGGAGGUGAUUACGGCUUUACCAGGAGCCAUCGGCGCGCUGUGUUUGAAUCAGGCUGGCUUGGAAGGCCUUUCAAAUCUUCCGACAAUCAUUCCUCAGAUAUUCUCCAUUUUGACUUCGGAGCGGCAUAUCCGCACAUUGCAGGAGAAAGACAAUGCCACGUACAUUGGUGGGGGCUUCGACGAACUCGUGCGACACCAUCCAUCAUUGAAGAAACCAGUUUUCGAUGCUGUUAUUGCAACCUUUAAUAGGAUUGAAGAACUUGGUGGAUCUUUUGCAGUUCCCCCCUCUGACGCUGCAUUGUAUGGUCUUGUGCCCCAACAAAGCGAAGAUACUGAGAUGGUGACGGCAGCAGCAGAAGCUUCCCGCUCGGCUUCUCAAGCAGAGACCUUGAGAAGCACUGAUUCUGGUAAUGGUGAUGGAUCUGAGUCCAACGUCGAAAAGCCGAAUCUUAUCGUGGCUUACAUUGAUAUCUUUGGAAGGUUCCUGGAUGGCCUUUUCCAGCAUAUCCCUCAUUGCCGCGAGUUUGUUACGGGUCACGAUGGCAUUGAGCGCAUCUGCAAAUUGUAUUCUUUGCCAGCGCUGCCAGUGAACUUCUUCGAAUCCAAUGCAGCCGCCUCUUUAGUCUCUAUCGUGCGCAACAUGGCUGAAGCGGUGACUGUGCCAACAUUGGAGAGGUUGUCCAAGCAAGUUCAGCUCUCUAUGGACGAGACAAGGGAGCUUUGGAAUUCGGAAGUGAAUCUACCUAAUCUUGGCUUCUUGGCAGAUCGCGGUAAGACGAGUCAUUCGGACGCGAACUCUCGUUUCCGUCAGCUCGUUUCCCUGAAUUCACGCAUCAACUUGCUAUCCCAAGUGUAUUCAAGUGUGGGGUACACACACAGCCGUUCACCAAACUCCAUCGCUCAGGUCGUCUCAGGCGAGGCGGGUUCCAAACUUAUCCGGGACUUGGGUAUUAUGUAUCGCACCUUCCUUUGGGAACUACUCGCCCUGAUUGGACCGGACCCUUAUAAGGGCGUCACAGUGUCUGGAAACCAGAUAGCACUUUCUAGCCCUCCGACGGCAGACGCGGUUGGGGGUGGAGCCAACAGCACCUCCAACGUAACCCCUCUGGCGCCGAACGAGCCUUCCGACAACAAGGCUCGCGAACAAAACAUCAAGGCUGUGAAGGGAAUGAUCCAGACUUUGACGAAAUCUAUGACACCAUUCUUUCAGGCUGUCACGAAGCUUUUCCUUUAUAACCGACGAACAGCAGACUUUGUCCAGAGGAAGCAAGCGAAUACGCUCGCCAAGCUCAUCGUAAAAGAUGUUCUUCUGGAGCACCUCAAGUGGCGUGGUUCAGCUGACAAAGUGAUUUCGUUCAGUUACACGGCUCUGGUUCUUGGGCUUAUUGCAACCCUUCUUUUCGACGGUAAAUCGCAUUUGUUCGCUCGUUAUUCCAUCUCAACUUUUGGUGCAGAACGAACUUCACAGAAUUCACUACACACCCUCAUGCUCUUAACGAUGUGGCAAGUGGAUGCCUUGCACACAAUAGUUGAUGUCUGCGACUCCUUUAUUUCUACACUCCGGACUUCUGCAAAGCAAGUCUCCAUGAAUCCGAAUUCGGACAAAGCGAGCGAGGCGGCAGCCGCCUUCGUUGGGUUGGAAGUCGUGCUUCGACUGUUCCAAGCCCUUGUGUCUUCUCGGCCUUUGAUGGAUUCUGGGCAAACGUCCACUCUAGUGGCCAGGGACAAACCUAAAAAUCAUCCUGAUUAUUUCGAACCCCACGACUUUCUUGUGAAGCUUCGGUCUCUGUUUAUCCCUGUCUUAUUCGAAGUGUGGGACGCCGAUUGGUUAGAUCAAGCCCCACUUGGCGUCGUCAAACCAGCAGUGGCCGGCUUUCUAGAGGUCAUGGCGGCAGAAAAUGAAGGCGACUCCAGUGGCAACCUUUCUACAGAGCCUUCCGACAUCCCCAGGAUAUUUAAUGGCGGAUCUCGCCGUAUCACCCCUGUAGUGCCCGAUGAGGCUCGGGUUCAGCAGCUUUGUGAUAUGGGCUUUCCUCGAGCCACUGUAGAACGAGCUCUGAUUCGCGCUCACAACAAUCUCACUGCCGCUACUGAGUACUUGCUCUCUCAUCCUUUCCCAUUAAUGGCCCCUGUGGCUGCGGAGCAACAGAUACCUGCUCCCCCUGACCAGCAGAUCCAGGAAGGAUCUCAGAAUGGUGGCGACAAUCAAGAUGAGACAAUGGCGCCUGAGAAUGCUGAUCCACCACCCGUUCCAGCAGCUAAUGUCCCCACAGGAGGUGAUGGCGAUACCGACUCCGCCGGAACGCCCAGUUCAAGCGGCCAAGAAGGCGAUCCACCUUCAUCCACCGAACCCCGGGACGAAACAGACUAUGCAUCCGAAUUGCAACUCAUACGCGAUGCAGCGGCUCCUGGCAUUGCAUCAAAAGCAUUAUUCAUCAUUGACAAGCAUCCGGAUUUGGUUUUUGAAGUAAAACGCGCAUUCAUCGGCCCAGACGACAAGUAUCAGGCCCGGACGGCAAAGGAACUCUUAACGGAUCCUGACCUUUUCUCUCCGUCGGAUGCAUCUGACACGGCAUUCGCUGUCCGACUUCGUCUCAUCGCUCUAGUUGCCGGAGAGUCCCGUUCGGCACUUGACAGUGGUGACCAGGAUCGCAUAUUGCAGAGUUUUGUGAAAAAGUUACAUGGCAUCGAAAUUACUGCCAAUGCUGUGAUCCCUCCCUGGCUUGCCCCGCUUCUGCUCGUCAUGGAAACCCUUCUUGUAUUGGGCGAUGAGAUCCACCCUGUCGAAGUGCCUAAACCUGACGAGGAGGUACCAUCACCGCAACUCAAGAUUGCAGCCCCCAACACAGAAGUGCGCAGAGUUCUAUUCGACUUUUGCUUGCAACUACUGUCCGCGUCCAACCUGGACAAGAACAACUUGAUUUCAUGCCUCCGCUUGUUGGUGUUGUUAACUCGUGACCAUCACCUCGCUGUGGAAUUCCUUCGAGCCGGUGCAAUUUCCAAGCUUUUAGAUCUGUUCAAGACCCCCACAAAUGACACCAGAGGUUGCCAAGUUCAUACCAUUAUUCUCUUGCGCCACAUCAUCGAAGACCGAGGGGUUCUCGAAAGCGUUAUGAAACAAGAUCUCGUUCGAACGCUAACCCAGCCUCGCUUGCGUGUAUACGACGUUUGGAGCUUUGUUCGUAACAACAGCCACUUGGCGCUUCGUGAUAUGAGUGUCUUCAUCGAUGCAUGUCGAUCAAUCUGUUCCUUGACGUCAUCAACAUCCUCUGGUUCGAAUUUUAACGUAUCGCUGAAGGAAGACAAAAAGCCAGAGCCCGUUAAAGAGACACCCUUCGAUCCUCCCGUCGUCCCUAUUGUGGCAGAAGCCCAACCGUUGGACGCCACAGUCGAUGAGGGUAUCCCGCCUCAGUUCUCCGAGCCAUUGGAUACCUUGUUGAAAUCCUUGGUGUCCGAGGUGUUGCGAGUUGGUAGGUCGGUUAUCGCGACAUUGGCGCAACCUGGCUUUUCUCCAUUAGAGAGCCCUGAAAUGUCGUCAAAUGAUGAUCAACUCGCUAAAACCGGAACGGAGAUGUCGGAAUUCGUAUACGCUUGCUUCCUACUUCAAUGUCUGACCGAGUUGCUGUCUGCGUACAAUGUGUGCAAGAGUGCAUUCGUAUCAUAUACCAGGAAACGAAGCACGCAAGCUAAGGAUGCGCCGAAACAGAAGAAUGCCAUUCUUCACUUUCUGCUUUCCGAUCUCCUCUUCUUUGCUGACCCCGAGGCCGCGCCAAUGAACGCAGAUAAAGGUCGGGCCAUUUUAAGUGAUUGCGCAAUGUCCGUGGUGGUUGCCCUAUGUGCUGAUCCCAGCUCGGCUACGACCAUGAAAGAGAUCCCUUCUGAAGUCGUUGGGGCCCGAAAGCUCGUUUUGGAUGUUAUCUCACGGGGUCUCAAAGAGACACAUGCCGCAGAGUCCCUCGAGAGUCGCUACUCGAGACUUGGCGCUCUUGCAGAGCUGUCAUCUCGGCUCUUGGCUAGGCCGAUAACGUCCCCAACAAACAGGUCUCUCUCCGAAUCAACAUUGCACAUUUCAAAGUUCAUGUUGGAAAAGAACUUCGUCGCCCUGCUUACAACUACGCUGGGUGAGAUUGACCCUAAUUUUCCGAACGUGCGGGGUUUGGUGGCGGCCGUAUUGCGCCCACUGGAACUCCUUACGAAAACGGCAAUCAAGAUGGGCCGUGCCGCUGAUAAAACCAAGGUGGCUGGCUCACUGCUGGGACCGGAUGAGAGUGAAUCAUCGGAUUUCUCAAUGAAUGAAGACGAAGAUGAUGCAAGCUCCGAUCGUGGGGAGACUCCUGAUCUGUAUCGCAACUCGGCUCUUGGCAUGUGCGUAUUUGUCACUGUCGCCACUUCUGAAAACUUAUGGACUAACACUAAUCCCGUCUUCAGGUACGGUGGAGAGAUGGAGGAUAUGUCGUAUCCUAAUAAUGAUGAAGUGAUGGGUGAAGAUGAGGAAGAAGCUGAUGAUCUUGAUAUGGAAUACGGAGACGAGGAAAUCGGCACCGAUCAUACUUCCGAGACUAGUGAAGAUGAAGAUGAGGCUGGAGAGGAUGUUGAUGCUGUCAGCGAGGGUGAAGAAGAACAGGAAGUAUGGGUUGAAGAGGAAGAAUCAGCGGGGGAUGAACCGGAUGAUGAAGAAGGCGGCGGGGACGUGGAGCUGGAAGCUGAUGAGAUGGUAUGGGAGGAUGAGCCUGACGGUAUGGAAAGUGAUCCUCUCGCUGAUGUCCGCGAUCGCUUGGAGGAUGCUGUGGAUCUUAUGCAAGUUCAAGGCGGUGAUGAGGAAGAUGAGGAAGAUGAUGAAGACGCAGGGCCUGACGAUGGUCCAGAGCUGGUCGCACUGGAUAUCGGCAUACCUCCUCCUGUGGAUGACGGUUCCAUCUGGCAUUACACUGAUGGAUCGCUGGAGUCUCCAGUUCCAGGCAUAGGCAUGAUUGUUAACGGCACAGAGCCACACUCACGACGUAGCCGUCUCAUCGAUAUGGACCAGUACAUGCAAAUGCAGAGAGCUCGCGCUCGUCCUGGUGCUUUCCCGGCUCCUGAUCCUUCUAUGCAUCCGUUGCUUGCUGAAGCUGUCAAUCGUGGAAGUGGGCAACCACCUGCUCCUCACCCAUCGCGGUUGUCUCACUCCCGUCGACUUCUUCGUGCCCGAGACCUACUGGGUGAAUCGAGUGAAGUAGCCCAUGGAUUUCUCAAUAUGAUCCAUGAUCUUAUAGGCGAAGACGGAUAUCAAAUGAUUGAACAUAUCAUGACUCGCAGUGGACCGUCUGCAGACACUGUUGUUGAACUGCGCGCUGGGAAUGGUCAGCCCAUAUCUAUCGCGCACUUGGCCAGCCAUCGUGGAGCGGCUCGACCUGCUGCCCAAGCGAACGUGACUCCAACUGACAAUCGUCUCCUCGAAGCUACUCGUCAGGUACAAGAGUUUUCCCCUAUCACCACACCACAGCGAUGGAUUGAUGAGGGCAAGAUGACACAAGGUCGGAAUGCGACCGAAAGGCUCAGUGCACUAGUAAACUAUAUAGUGAUAGCCUUGCUCCCCGAAUUUCGUGCGAAGGAGGCCGCGCACAAGCGCGAGGCGUCCGAAAAAUCGGCAGCUGCUGCUCGAGAAGCAGAGGCUCAAGAAAGGAAGGAUAAAAAUGACGCUGAGGCAGCUGAAGCAGCUGAGGUAGCAUCGGUGGGCAAUUCUGAUAGGCAAGAACCAGCGCCAAACGCUCCUGAUCCCGAUGAACAUGCUGUACAAGCACCUGCUCUUCCUGAGCCCGCACGUAUGGACACUGACAUUCCUGCGAGCGUAAAUGUACCGUCACCCGACGUGGUCAUGGCUGACGCUGCUGAACUCGACCACGAAUCCCCCGCGGCUGUGCCUGAUACAACAUCCUCACAAGAGAACGUCACUGAAGACUCCAACCGCCCUGCGGCCGAGGCAGGUGACGCCUCCGUAGUCCAGCAGAAUGGCGAGGAACAAGAGGCAUCUACAUCGGCCAACCGUGUGACUGUUCUUGUCAACGGUAAUCCGGUUGAUAUCACUAACACCGGAAUCGACCCUACGUUCUUAGAGGCUCUGCCAGACGAUAUGAGGGAAGAUGUCAUCAACCAGCACCUUCGGGAACGCAGAGCUGCUCAGCCUGUCGUUCGUCCUGCAGAAUCGCAGAUUAGUCCCGAGUUCUUGGAAGCAUUACCACCAGAUAUUCGAGCUGAAAUUCUGCAGCAAGAGCAAGAAGCAAUCGAUAGGGCGCGCCGCGACCGGGAGAGAGGGGAAGCAGGCGCUGAUGCCCCCGCAGGUCCAUCUGAUAUCGACUCUGCAAGUUUCCUUGCCAGCCUUGACCCACAACUGCGAGAGACCGUGUUGAUGGAACAGGAUGAUACUUUCCUCCAAACACUGCCAUCUUCAUUGCUUGCCGAAGCUAGCGCCCUCUUAAAUGGUGAGCGUAGCAUCCGUCGAGCAACCUAUCGUCCAAGGACAACGGGCGUGCCAACUGCAAACGCUUCUCAACCACCCAAGAAGCCAGUUAUACCACGUGAUGCUAUCCAGCUGCUUGACAAACCAGACGUCGCUGUUCUCAUACGCCUUCUUUUCUUCCCCCACGUUCUCAAAAUGAAUUCUCUUCAUAAAAUUUUAGUGAAUCUGUGCGAAAACUCCAAGACUAGAACCGACAUAUUUUCUUUGCUCCUGGGUGUUUUGCAGGAUGAUCCCAGCGAUGUUCUCGCCGUAGAUCGAAGCUUUGCACAGCUCUCCUUUCGGUCAAACAAAGUGGGUCCAUCUUCCAAGACCCCGACAAAGUCCAAGAGUAUGGAGCUGGCAUCCUCGAGCAUUCCGCUUCAAUUGCCCGCAGAGAAUAUACCCCAUCUAAUCACCCACCGCUCACUUGAAGCGUUAACAUUCAUCGUAACCGCGAACGAGCAUGCUGCGCAGUACUUCUUGUCCGAGCAAGAUGUGCCCCCUUUCGCCAAGAAACCAGGUUCGAAGAAAGGAAAAGGAAAGGAAAAGCAGAUGCCCCAAGCCCAAUUCCCUCUCAAUUUACUUCUUGGUCUUCUCGACCGGAAAGCACUUCUGCAAUCCCCUCCGAUGAUGAGUGCUAUCGCUUUGCUGCUGGCAAAUGUGACCAAGCCGUUAGCUGCCCUGAAAGAGCCCGCUUCAUCCUCCGAAGGCAACAAGGAGAAUGAGUUGCCCAACUCAAAUGGAGCAAAUCCUCUGGGGAACGACGGAGUCGCAACUGCAGAAACAAAUGAGCAGCCACCUACAGCAUCGCCCAAUUUCGAUGACUUCACCCAAAAGCUUCGAUCGGAUCCGCCUCAUAUCCCCUCAUCUUCAUUAUGCCUCAUUCCUAACUUCCUAACAGCAGGGGAAUGUUCCGGACGCACUUUCCAACUAGCUCUCUCCCUCAUUCAACACCUUUCCUACCUUUCAGAGGUCCGACUAGUCGUUGCGGAUGAACUCAAACUCAGAGCAGAAGGUCUUGGCGUGAAUCUCCAGUCGGACCUAGAGCAUCUUGUUCAUGCUUUGGGGCAAGCAUCGGACUCUGAAGAUAUUCCAAGCUCCAUACUUUCCCGUUUCUCACCUGCUUCAGCAGAUCAGGCAAAAUUACUACGGGUACUCAAAACGAUUGACUUCAUGUUCACUCCGAAAUCACCUCCAACAGCACCUGAUGCAUCUAGCUCGAAAGACGACGGGGAGAGGCAGCAAGAAGUUCACAAAAUAUAUGAAGGAUUCAAUUUUGGGCCGUUGUGGAAUGGUCUUGGAAAAGCUCUCUCGGUCGUGGAGUCGAAACCCAAUCUUGAUCACAUCGCGACGGUGCUACUUCCUCUCAUUGAGUCCCUUAUGGUUGUAUGCAAACAUGUCAGCUCUAAAACCGCCACGACGAACCCUGCAUCCAGCCCCUUAUCUCCUCGCAUCAGUUCAAUGCCCCUAGAUCCAACAGAAGACUUAUUCGUGUCAUUUACGGACGCUCACCGCAAGGUUCUCAACGUGAUGGUGCGGAACAACCCAUCCCUCAUGAGCGGCGCAUUCUCUUUGUUGGUGAACAAUCCCAAGGUCCUGGACUUUGACAGCAAGCGCAAUUACUUCAAUCAGCAGCUCCGCCGUCGCACUGGUCCCAGGGAGCAUCAUCCAACUCUUCAGCUCAAUGUCAGACGCCAACAUGUCUUUGAGGACAGUUACCAGUACCUACAUAGAAAGACUGGCGAUCAGAUUAAAUACGGGAAACUCAAUGUUCGCUUCUACAAUGAAGAGGGUGUGGACGCGGGAGGUGUCACACGCGAGUGGUUCCAGAUACUGGCUCGGCAGAUGUUCAAUCCCAAUUAUGCACUGUUCCAGCCUUGCGCCGGUGACAAAUUAACCUACCAGCCUAACCGAGCCUCUGCUAUCAAUCCCGAGCAUCUCCUAUUCUUCAAAUUCGUCGGCCGGGUCAUAGGGAAAGCCAUUUAUGACGGAAGGCUUCUGGAUGCUUACUUCGCGCGUUCUCUUUACCGGCAAAUCCUGGGGAAACCUGUUGACUAUCGCGACGUAGAGUGGGUUGAUCCUGAGUACUACAAUAGCCUCUGCUGGAUUUUAGACAACGAUCCUACAGCAUUAGAGAUGAAUUUUACUGUGGAGGCCGAGGAGUUUGGAGUGCGGAAAGUCAUCGAACUUAAGGAGGGAGGCGCAAGCAUCCCAGUCACUCAAGAGAACAAGCGAGAAUUCGUUCAACUCUCAGCUCAGUAUCGGUUGUACCUUUCGAUCAAGGAUCAAAUCGAGAGCCUUCUUGGUGGCUUCUAUGAGAUAAUACCGAAGGAACUUAUUUCAAUAUUCAACGAGCAAGAAGUCGAGUUGCUUAUAUCGGGGACUCCAGAUAUCGACAUCGAUGAGUGGCGUGCAGCCACUGACUACCAUGGCUAUACACAGUCCGAUCCUGUCAUCCAGUGGUGGUGGCGAGCCCUCAAGUCAUUCAGCCGAGAUGAGCGAGCCAAAGUCUUGAGCUUUGCGACAGGCACAUCUCGAGUCCCUCUUGGUGGCUUCGGCGAACUUCAAGGAGUUCAAGGCGUUCAAAAGUUUUCCAUUCAUCGGGCAUAUGGUGAAACAGAUCGUCUGCCUCAAGCACAUACAUGUUUCAAUCAAAUUGACCUUCCAGAGUAUUCGUCUUAUGAAAAGCUGCGAACACAACUUCUCACCGCAAUCAACGAAGGAGGGGAAGGUUUUGGCUUUGCUUGA